AUGACCUUGGAAGCACAGCCUCCCUCCUUGUUAUCGGUGGCAGAACAGUUUCGAAGAAUUAGAAAGCGUCCAAGAAGAACUAAGGAGGACUUUAUGCGUGAGGUUAUGAUGCACCCCGCCGCUGAGAAAAAGGAAUUGAAGCAGUGGCGGGACAAUACCUGUCAAGUAUCAGGAACUAGCAAUGCUAACUUCACGUGCAAUACCAGCAAAGAGUCUUCACUCUCCAACUACCUCUAUGUCUUCAUCCUGGCGCAGCUGCUACUGGGAGUCGGAGGAACUCCCCUGUACACUUUGGGCACAGCCUUCAUUGAUGAUAGUGUCCCAAAACACAAAUCUUCUCUCUACAUAGGAAUUGGCUAUGCCAUGUCAUUGCUGGGUCCUGCCCUUGGCUAUGUAUUGGGAGGGCAGCUGCUUAAUAUCUAUAUUGAUGUCCCUCUUCAAACAAGCACAGAGAUUGAUCCAGAUGACCCCCGGUGGCUUGGGGCUUGGUGGAUAGCAUUUCUCUUGUGCUGUUUUGGAACAUGGCUUUUGAUAAUACCUUUUUCGUGUUUUCCAAAGCACUUACCAGGUACAGCAAAAGUACAAUCUGAAAAAAUUUCUGAAGCUCAUGAUGAUGGAAGUGAGGCAUUUGUUGAAGACAGGAAUAUUGGGAAAAAUUUUAAAGAUUUUCCAGUGGCUCUUUUGAUACUGCUGAAGAAUCCUGUGUUGAUGUGUUUAAUAGUAGCUGCUUCUACAGAAGCUUUAGUUGCCACUGGCUUUGCCACAUUUCUGCCAAAAUUUAUAGAAAAUCAGUUUGGACAGUCAUCCAGUUAUUCAGCUACACUAGGAGGGAUUAUAUUAAUUCCAGGAGCAGCACUAGGCCAAGUCAUAAGUGGCAUCUUGGUUUCCAAGUACAAACUGGAUUGCAAAAACAUAAUCAAGUUCAUAUUAGGCACUUGCUCAGUGGCUCUACUAUUGAACACAGUGUUUAUGUUUUCUAAAUGUGGGAAUGAACCAUUCGCAGGUGUCUCUGAAACAUAUAAUGGAACAGGCAAAUUACAGAACUUGACUGCACCAUGUAAUGCUAACUGCAACUGCUUACGCUCCUUUUAUUACCCAGUUUGUGGCAGAGAUGAAGUCCAGUAUUUUUCUCCCUGUUUUGCAGGAUGUACAUCUUUUACUGUUCAAAAAAGGAAAAAGACUUACCAAAACUGUUCCUGUAUUGGGAUGCCAAAAAGAUUACCUGACUCAGAAGAGGUCCCUUUUGAGGCUCUGGCUGGGAAAUGCCGAACACAAUGCACGUUCUUGCCUCUAUUCCUGGGCUUUUUCUUUUUUGCUGUUGUUUUCACUUUUAUGGCUGUUACUCCAACUACUGUGGCCAUCUUCAGGUGUGUGCCAGAUAAACAGCGUUCAUUUGCUCUGGGAGUGCAGUCAGUGUUUCUACGAUUAGUAGGCACUAUUCCUGGACCAAUUUUGUUUGGUGUGGCAAUAGACAGUACCUGUACUCUGUGGGAUGUUAAUAAAUGUGACAUUAAAGGAGCCUGCUGGGUCUACGACAACUCAAAAAUGGCCUACAUGCUGAUUGGUAUAAGUGCAGCUUGUAAAGUCAUCACUAUCCUUUUUAUUAUCACUGCAUUCUGCUUAUAUAAACCCCCACCGGACAAUUCUGCAACUUUGCAAAAGGAUGCUGAAAUGGUGUCUGCUGUUCACAUGUAAAACUGUUAUGAGAAAACCAGGAACUUUAAAAGAAACCAAGAAGAAUAUACACAGCUACUGAAAGAUAAGCUGUGUGACAGCUUCAUGUUGCAAGUGCAGCAUUAUCUGAGCAUGAUUUAGUUCUUAAACAGCUUUAAAUGAUCUUAAAUAUUUGUGGAUAUUUUGUGUAACAUUAAUUCAAACUCAGGAAAUUUUAUAUUUCAACAAUGUACCUUUAGAUAUCAUAGGAAAGAAAUUGGGUUAUUAACGCUUUUAUUUUUAAUUUUCUAUAUAUCCAAUCAAAAAUACUGUAAAUAUAGGAAAUGUCUUGUAAUUCAUUGAGUUAAGCAAAUUGCAAUAUUAUCAGUAGAACACAAGAAAGAUGACAUAAAAGCCGAACUGGAAUACCAAAAAAACAUGAAUAAUUGUUACUGCCUAUAAAGGCAACCGUACACCUUAAGAAGACAGACUUUAGGACAACAAAAUAGUAAAUGGGUGUAUUAAAGGGAGCUGUCAAUGUUUACUUUAAACUGGCAGGAAUAACAUGUAUCAAUGUUUUGGGCUACUAAACAACAUUUAAGAUUUGAUUGAUGUAAAUUUAUUUAUACUAUAGUUUCUUGAGUAGGAACAAAUAGAAAAAACCAAGCACUUCUGUUUUCUCAAUCUAUUUUGAACAAGUUAGGUUAAAAGUUUAAAUUGUGAUAACUUUUUGUAAUCUUAAAUAUAUUUGUAGGGAAAAAAAGCAAAGAGUAGUUUUCAUUAUAGGAAAACUAACAAACUUGUAAUUAAUAAAUGUUUGUUCAACUGGGUGCCUUAGUAUUUGAAUUCAGACAAUAUCCAACAGGAUGAUGUCAAAUAUUCUUGUUAUAUUUUUUUUAGAAAGCUUCAUUUCUCAUGAUAUACACUCUGGAAAUUUUGAAAAUAAAAUCUGUUUUCCUAAAAUGUUUUACUUGUUAGAUGUGUGCUAGCUCAUUAUUUUGAGGUUACUCCUAAGUGCUCUGCACUAAUUAUUUUCUAAAAAAGGGGUUUAAUUAUUUUUGCUGAAUACAAAUGCACAAUGAAAGACUAUGCAAACACAUUGAUAGAAAAAAGUACAUCCAGUUGGGGUCUUGCAACCUUGAGUAAACCUUUAAAAUAAUAGGGUGUGUAUCUGUAGAAAACUUAAAAUAAGGUGUACAUGUCUUAGUAAACAAUAAUUUUUUAGAGUUAAACAUUUUAUUACAUGCAAAUCUAUUCGAUUUAAAUAUUGUUUAACUACGGUGAAAUAAAUCUAUUUUUAAAUCUGGUA